AUGAUCUCUCAAUCAAAUGAUACUGUUCUAAAUUGCAAUGUCAAUUUAAAUCAUUGUGAUCAUCCAUUAUCAUCGCAGAAGAUUAGUCCAUCUGAUCUCUCAUCAGAUGCAUUGUUUACUUUUGGUGCUGAAUAUCCAGCUGAUCUCGAUUAUCGAGUUGAAUUAUCACGUCGUAUUGCAUUGACAUUCGAAGAUGCCGAUCAAAUUAUUAUUUUCGAUGAUAUUGCCAUUCAAAUACUUGGUUCAGAUUCUAGCUGUUUUGCUAAUCUACGUGGUUACGAUCGAUCACUACUUCCUGCUCUAUGGUUAUCAACUGGAUUUCGUUCUGGUGGUCGAAUUCUUGUUUAUGCACCACCAAAUCCUGUUGAAUUAGGAUUAUAUUUGAAAAUGAAGGUUGUCAUUGAAAAAUAUCUACAACGAGAAGUACAUAUUGAAAUUCUAUAUGAAAAUUCGUCUGGUUGUUUGUAUGAAUUGAUUCGUUUGUUCCAAGAUAAUCCACAACGAUAUACAAUUCUUUGUGAAGAAUUCGCUCAACGGUGUCCUAAAGAAUUCUAUCCAGAAUAUCAUAUCUAUAUGCUUAAACGACAUUUUGAAACAAUUACUAAGAAUAGUCGUCGAUCAUUUGUUUUUCCAUACCAUAUGACUGAAUGGCAUCAACUUCAACUUGAAAAUUAUUCCGAUCGUUUAUUAUUGCCUGACAUACCCAAGAAUGAUAAGGCUGAACAUCAUUUUCUUCUUAAAUCAAAUGGUUUUACAGCGUUACCACAAAUGAUAGCAGUGUCAGUAGAUGGUACUUUAAUUGAAGACUACGAUGGAUAUAUAGAAAACGUGGAACAACUCGAUCCAGCACAUACAAAAAAUACAUCAAAAAAUAUUGAGAUUUUUGCUCGAGCAAUAAUUCAAGCAAUCGAUAAUCUUUAUAGUAAACAUCAAGUAACAUCAUUCGUUAAACUAGACUCUAGUGGUGCAGGUGGUUGGUCAUCUAUGGCUCCAAAUGAUCAUCCUGUUAUGUAUGAUUUUAACAAAGUUCAGAAAGAGCGAGUAUCAUAUUUACAAAAACAUAUAGAACAAACACUUGAGGGUGAAUUAACCUUACCAGAAAUGGCUGUAGUGGAAGAAUUCAUAGAACCACAAAAACGCUCCGGUGAUAUCGAUGCAGAUUAUACAGUUUGUGGUUUUGUCCUCGAAGGCAAAUUCUUUCCUACUUCAAUUAGUCUCUGUGGCACAAUUGGUGGAAUGUAUAUCGAACAAUGGACUUCUUCGUUUCCAGUUGAUAUUAAAGAUUCGCCCGUUUAUUGGAAGCAGAUGUUCCAGACUUAUUCUGAUAUGGUUGCUUUGGAAGCUACUAAACUCGGUUACAAGAAUGGAAUCUAUGCCGGUGAUUUAUUUGUUAUGAAAGAUAAUCAACAUAAGCAGCGUGAUUGGAAUAUCCGUCGUGGCGGUCGAUCAUCACCUGAAUCAUUGACUAUUUUUGGCAUACCAAAUUAUGAGACGAGGGUGACUUUACAGAUGAGUGACUUUGGUUUAGAUGGAAUAAUGGAUAAUAUAGAAUUAUUUCGGAUUUAUACUAAAAUCUGUGAACGUCUAUCACAAGAUUAUGGAAUGUAUAUACUCUCAUCUGCCUAUGGUUAUUGUGGAAAAGAUAAUGAUAAGGGUGAUAUUCUUAAAUUUAACAUACUGGUUCAUCCCAAAUUUCUAACAUAUAUUGAUCAACAUGGACAAAGUCAUAUGUUACCUAAGAAUAAACAUCGUGCCAAAGUAUUCGAACUUGUACGUGAUACAGUUAUGAAGAUUCUCCAAAAGACAAAUGCGUAG